AUGUCCACGAGCACAACUUGGACAUCCCCAGACCACCCACUGGAGCCGUACACCGGGGCCCCACGGAACAUCGCGUACAUCGACCAGCUACACUUUCCCAAGAAUCUUCAGCCAAAGAACUACUCGAUUGCAGGCACACAUCCCGACUCUCGGAUCCUAUUCACCGAUGUACGGAUCAUCGAUGCGACGGGGAAAGAGCCGUAUCAGGGCGAUGUGCUGAUUACGGGCGAACGCUUCACACACGUCGGCACAGUCCCCGGAAAAGAAGACCUGCUCAAAGACCCCCGCGUCCGCGUCUUCUACGGCAACGGACGGACCCUAAUCCCCGGGCUGGGCGAUGCACAUACGCACUUGAGCUGGAAUGGAGGCGACCUCGGUCGACUGGGUGAAUUGGGUGUUGAGGAGCAUACGUUACUUACAGCGCGAAGCGCGAGGUGUUUUCUUGAUUCGGGGUAUACGAUGUGCUUCGGAGCCGCAUCAGCUAAAAGACGACUAGACGUCGUGGUCCGCGACGCAAUCAAUGCAGGUGAUAUCCCCGGCCCUCGGUAUCUGGCCAACGGCCAGGAGAUGGCGAGGCGGGAUGGCGACCUCGUUCCGGGGAUCACGGCGUACGCGGAUGGGCCUGAGGAGAUGAGGAAGGUGAUCCGCGAACACGUCGAGCUCGGCGUCGAUCAAGUGAAACUAUCCAUGUCCGGGGAGUCGAUAACCGAAAUCCGCGAUGCACAAGACUGCUACUUCACCGACGAGGAAACAAAAGCGUGUGUGGAUGAGGCACACAAGCACGGUAUCCGGCUGUGCGCACAUGCUCGUGCCCGAGACUCGGUGAGGCAGUGCGUUGAGCAUGGGAUUGAGAUUAUCUAUCAUGGGUCUUAUAUUGAUGAGGAAGGAAUGGACGCCCUCGAGAAAAAGCGCUCAGCGCACGUGGUCGUCCCGGCCCUAAACUGGCUCGUCGCGACGCUCUACGAAGCAGGGGCUUUUGGUUAUGCUACGGAGGCUGCAGAGAAGGUUGGGUAUAAGAAGGAGCUUGAGGCUGCGAUCCGUGGGCUGCGUGAGAUGCAUAAACGGGGGAUUGUUGUUCUGCCUGGAGGCGACUACGGCUUCGCCUGGACACCCCACGGCACAUACGCGCGCGACCUCGAACACUUUACAAAACUCCUCGGCUUCACACCCCACGAGGCGAUCAUCGCAGCGACAUACGGCGUAGCGAAGCUCUUCAUGCGCUCCGACGAGAUGGGCCAGAUCAAGCCGGGGAAUUUCGCGGACUGUGUGCUUGUUGAUGGGGAUCCCCUGGAUAAUAUCACGAUCCUUCAGGACCACUCGAAACUAAAUGUGAUUAUGAUCAAUGGGCGGGUGCACAAGGCUGGGCGCAAGGAGCUGCUCAUUCCCAGUGCGGCGGCGAGUCAGGAGCUUACGGAGAGGAUUACGCAGGCGAUUGAUGAGUUGGAAAUCAAGGCGCCCAUGCAGAAGGCUUAUUAG